AUAGAACAUUAUGACCUUCUUGUUUAUAACAGUUUUAAGUUCUCUUAUGAAUACAGGAGCUUUUCUCAUCCCACUUUCAAUUCAAUUCAUUUAUCUUUUUGUAUGUGACUUAUUGGAUUGAAUUGUGGUUUUUGUGUUUCUUUCUCAUUUAUUAAUAAAUUAAAUUAUUAAAUAGGGCUGUUGUAUGUUUUAUUAUUAUUUAUUAUUAUUUAUUUUAUUUAGUGUUGGUGGAUGUGCGUCAUAGGGGUUGUGUUGUGUAUUGUGAGUCUCAUUGUGAGUAUGAAUGAUAUGGAUGUGUAUUGAUGUAUCUCUUGUUAUUGAAGUAUUGUUUAUGAAUUGAAGGGGACCUCAUGCAGAGGAGCCAUUGUUAUAGCACAGUGACUAAUGUGGAUCUAACUAACUAACUAACUAAAUAAAAUAAAAAAUAAAAAAUAAAUAAAUAGAGAUAAUAGUAUUUAGUAAAUUCCAAGAGUUAUUAAAAUGAAAGUGUCAUAAAAAUCCCAUGUUUUGUUAUUCCCAUAGACUGGUGGAGUCUAUAUUAUAUACAAAUCUUGUCCCUCUAAAAACAUCAAUAAAAAAAUAAAUAAACAAAAACACUUCUUUAUACGGUGUUAAUGACGUCUUCCUUCUUUAAUUGUAGUUAGGUUCUGGUGUUGGUCAUUUACGGUUGUUAUCGAAAGAAUUAGAUUAUCUGAAUACACUCUAUGUUGUCUAUUUACCCCACAAGAACUACAUAUCCCAGAAUGUAAUUCGAGGAUAGUCCUAAAAAUGUGCCUGUAGCCUUUUUGUUUUUAAAUAAUAUCUAAUGUAUAUCGAAUGAUAAAUACAAUAUAAAAUGAUUUAAAUUAAUACAACUUAAAAUACGGUAGUGAAUGGACCCAAUGUUGUUUUUAGGGAUUAAUAAAACGUGUUAUUGAUUUAAAGCGGGGGGGUCCUGAAGUGUCGACAGUCAUCUGUUCUGAGAACAGUUGAACAGAAGAGAAGUUUGGGUGAACCGCUGCCUCUCCGCCCUCCUCGCGACACAGCGGCGGGCUGCCCUCACACCGCUCGGUCUCUGUUGGACUCUUAGGCUCGAUCAUGGAGGUGGUCCCGGGGUUUCUGUGUGUGCUGUCCGUGUUUGUCGCUCUGGUCUCGGACAGGUUUGUGGCGCUGGCCGCCUUCUCCCAGUCCAUGGACAGCGACUUCACAUUCACUCUCCCCGCCGGUCGGAAGGAGUGUUUCUACCAGACCAUGAAGAAAGACGCUUCACUGGAGAUUGAAUAUCAGGUGUUAGACGGUGCAGGACUCGAUGUGGAUUUCUUCAUCUCCUCUCCCUCUGGCCAAAUGCUGUUCAGUGACUACCACAAAUCAGAUGGGGUGCACACCGUGGAAACGGAGGAUGGAGACUACAUGUUCUGCUUCGACAACACGUUCAGCUCCGUCUCUGAGAAGAUCAUCUUCUUUGAGUUGAUCCUGGACAACAUGUACAUCGAUGAGGAGCCAGACGACUGGAAGGAGUAUGUUCACGGGACAGACAUGCUGGACAUGAAGCUGGAAGACAUUAUGGACACCAUCAACAAUGUGAAGGCUCGGCUGGGUAAGAGUGUGCAGAUCCAGACGGUGCUGCGGGCGUUCGAGGCUCGCGACAGAAACCUCCAGGAGAGCAACUUCGACAGGGUGAACUUCUGGUCGGUGGUAAACCUCUUCGUCAUGAUGUUGGUGUCGGCCGUGCAGGUCUACCUGGUCCGCUCGCUGUUCGAAGAUAAAAGGAAAAUACGCACAUAACACUGCUCCACAGACAGAGAGAAACUAACCCACACAGACCUUCUCGAUCUCCAGGCUUGUGACUCUUAACACCAGAUGUUGUCUACACACAUACACAUGCAUGCACACACAUAUGACAUACUGACGUUCUUGACAACACAACUGUUGCUCUGGUCUCCACUGGAGUUUGAGGGACAGCAGGAACUUAAGCCUGUCAGCACCUCUCCUCUGUAACCUCAGUCUGUUUCCUACAGGAAAGUCUCUGUCUCUCUGUCAAACACAUGUUCAUGUUCUUCAGUCCCUCCUUGCUGCUGUUAGUCUUCAGAGAAAGUGACAUCACUGGCACCACUAUUUUUCUAACGGAGCUUAAAAUCAUGAGGCCGGUGGCCAACUGCAAAAAUGUCCUUUUUUCUUUGGACAUGUUUUUAUUUGAGUGUGAAAUGAAGAAAGGGUGUCUGAGGGUUUUCUAUUUGUGUCAAACAGGAGUGGGAAGUGCAACCGGUCUGACAGCAUGUCUUCCCUUUCAUUAGCUACUGUAACGGAUGAACCUCACUGUGAUGCCUUAGUGGUUCGUAUUGAGCUGCCGUUCUGUGAGGCCACAGUCACUCGCUCUCUCCCUCUGACGCCAGGACAGAAGUCAGGUUUGAGGUAGGGCCGUGCAGCUACUGCUGCUCUCUGGCACCGAGGGAGCGUGAAGUAAGAGACAGAAACGGGCCACCUCCAAAUCUCGACCCCACCCCAGGACGUCUGCUCUCCUCUGGCCGCCCUCCGCCGUGACGCCUCACAGCUGCUGGCGGGUGUCUGCUUACAGCCACCUACUGCGUGAAGAUGUUGAGCCCGCCUGUCUCUCUGGUGACAGAGGUCUAUUUCUAUCUUACUGACACCCGCAAGGUCAUCACCGCCUCGACAUGAGUGCUGCUCAGUUUAACGUGCACGAGCCGUUCGCUGCCUCAGCGUUCUUUUAAAACCCUGGUGUCUGUAUUUGAUCUGAUAUUCGAGUUUCUUACGUUACAAGCUGACAUCUGUUCACUGCCACUGAAGCCACCGAACAACAGACUUCUGCUUUUUUUUUUGUUUUUUUUUUCAUAUUCUUAGAAUAUAAUUGAACAUUUUGGGCCCUGAAGUGUUUUUCGGAUUAUCCGGCCCCGCCGGGUACGGUGGCCCUGAGAGCUCAACACACUGCAACUUAAAAAAACAUGCUGCAAAUUCAGUCCCACAACUCAACAGGAAGUGUUUCCAGGGGACACUAAGAAGCGAUGAACCUGGCUGGGACUUGCUGUUCAAAGUCCAAUUGUGACUUUUGAAGUUAAAAGCUCUGGAUAACGAGCGUCCCAGCAAGUUCAUCACUUUAGAUCUGUUGUAUGACUGGCUCCUCAGCGUGUUCGUGUCUUCAUGUGUGUUGAGCUCUUGGGGCCACCGUACCCCAGAGACGGGUCCAUGAUCUGUAGUUGAAGGACUGGUCAACAGGUUUUUAUCUCAUUGGUUGUGUGUUUACUGUAAGAUGUGAUGGUGACUGGUGGUUACGGUUUCUGAGAGUUUCUUUUAUUGGUGUUUUCUGAGCUCCACAGUUGAAGCCCGGCUGCUCUCUGCUGUGGCCGGAGGCGCCGUGUCUCCAUCGUCCUCCCUGUGCGGUGGGACAGAGAUCAGACGCUGAGUUCAUGCCUUCAGACUUUAACACUUGUGCUCAAAGUGCUGUGAAACUGAACCUCGAGCAGUGUUGUUGUUUUUAAAUGAUCCAGUUUUGCCAUACAGUAUGUGUGUGUGUGUGUGUGUGUGUGUGUGUGUGUGUGUGUGUCACCCUGAGUGUUGUGGGUGCCUGCAGUGACACACAGGAUGGGUUCAUUGCUUAUUACCACCCUCUCCUCCUCGGCCCAGCUCGCCUCACUGUGGUACGUGUUUAAUGAAAAUACUGUUUGUUGAGAUUCUGUUGUAUAAGUGAUGGAUUAGUAAUUUAAAGUUACAGCUGAUUCAAGUGCUUCAGAGCUCUACAAAAAUAAAAGACCACAACAUUUAAAAAUAUAUUUCUAUGUUACUGAGUAGUUUCUGAUUUAACAGCCUCACUGUGUUUAAAUAAAUAAUUGGUUUCUACUGCCCUGAUGGAGCCGCGGGGAGUGAAUGUGACGUUACAUGAUAUUUAUUCAACUAAUGUUCUGUAGAUGCAAAUGUGUAUAAAUUAAACAAUCAUACAUUU